AUGGCUCACCAUUUUCACCACGAAAAGGUCGGUAUCUACGAAUUUAUGAUGAUACGUGACGUGACUGACCUGUGGAGAUGCUAUGCCCAACAUAUUCAUGAACAACAGCCACACCGCACAAUACAUCAAUUCGGACCUGGGAACGUUCACUUUCACGGAAAGUCGUUCGACGACCAUGACAGCGAACACUCGCACCACUACUCUUUCAAGAACCUCAUACGUCCCCCCGUCGUCAGACAGUGGAUCCAUCUUGGCAAAAUUCAUCGCGAGCAUACGGAACGCGUUCCAUCUCGUUUGGAACUUUUCUUCGACUUGGUAUUUGUUGCCAUUGCGCAUCAGCUGAGCGAAGCUGUCGCCGAAAAUGCCAGUGCCGCCGGUCUCGCCAAAUUCGUGUUGAUAUUCUACCCAACUUGGUCUCUCUGGAGCGAAUUUCGCAAUUUUGUCAAUGCUUCUGGUACUGAUGAUGUUCUCCAAAGACUUGCUGUACUAUGGUUGAUGGCGCUGCUCGUCGGCUAUACCGCCAAUGCAUCCGCCAUACAGCUGGGUGCACACGAAUCAACUGAGGCGAGCACCGGAGCAGUUCACGUGGCCCUGGGCAGCAUACUCGCUGAGGCUGGUCACGAGCCCAGCACCGCCGAAGCCGUCUCAUCUCAUUACGCUCGGGACCCAGCGCUCGUGACCGCCACCGCAUUCUUCUUGGUCGCCAAGUUUAGCCGAGUCGCGUUCUUGAUUUGGUAUGCGAUUGCGUUGCCCAUGUUCCGGUCGUCCUUUUUGCUUCAGAUUGCAUAUCAAAUGCUCAACUUUUUUGUGUACCUCCCGUUACUCGUCGUGCGUUCGCCUGCAGCAAUUAUUACUCUAGCCAGCCUGGGUAUGGGCACCGAUUAUCUCCUUCGCUACUUUGUCGGGAUUCCGAUUGUUCUUAAUAACAAGUUGACAAAGAAGAUCCUAAGUCGUUUUACACACGAAGAUCUCGAGGCACAUCAUAAAGGCAUUGACCCAACGGCAACAACCAAUAUCGAACAUUUCAUCGAGCGAACAGCCGCAUUCGUUGUCAUCGUACUUGGCGAAGUCGUUCUCAGUGUUGUAUACCAUGCGACGAGGGCUGAUAUCGGAUUCAAGAGUAUCUAUGGGAGCGCCGUUUCCGGGCUUAUCAUCGCAUUCAACUUUUGCUGGCUCUAUUUUGACGCAGAGUGCAGCCAUACAUUUGUGCACGCAAUGAGGCGACACUGGUUCACCUCGAUCACUUUCACCAACCUGCAUUUCCCUCUGUGCGCUUCUCUGAUUCUCGUGUCUGCGGCCACAUCGCGGAUGACUCAACACACUGAAGAGGUCACCUCGGCUAUUCGAUGGUACUUUGGAGGCGGACUCGGGGUCGCUUUAAUUUCCAUGGCUCUGAUCGGCGCUACCCACCGUGGGCUGGACCCUACGGGAACAUCAAGGCUCGGUCGCUUUACUCAGCUUGGCUUCCGCGUCGCUGUUGGCAUCGUCAUGAUCCUCCUACCCCUGUCCGAUCUUUCUCCGCUCAACCUGCUCGGAACAAGCGCCGGUUUGACAUCGUUCCUCGUGGUCGAAGAGACAUACGGAAAGCUCCGCCGCGGAGAACCUUUGGCGAAGCCGAGCGCGGCUGAACAGGAUGUGAUCGACGCGAGGGAGCAUUCUGCUGAAGAUCGACCGGACGCAACGCGCAUAGACUCGAACCUCGAGUCGGGAUCGGUAGAAAGUGGGAUCAAGGAGGUCAAGACACAGUGA